AUGGAUUUAACACAGGUACUACACAUGAAUGGAGGCGUCGGAGAAGAAAGCUAUGCAAACAACUCUGUACUUCAGCGAAAGGUGAUUUCUUUGACAAAACCUUUGAGAGACGAAGCCAUAACAAACCUAUACCGCAAUUCACUUCCCAAAAGCUUAGCAAUUGCAGACUUGGGUUGUUCUUGUGGACCAAACACUUUCUUGGUGAUCUCAGAAACUAUGAAGGUUGUGGAAAAGCUUUGUCAAGAAAUGAAUCAUAAAUCUCCCGAAUAUAAGAUCUUUUUGAACGAUCUACCUGGGAAUGACUUCAAUACUAUAUUUCAGUCCCUCGACACCUUUAAGGAAAAUCUACGCAAUGAAAUCAAAACUGAAAUGGAUCAUUGCUACAUCUUUGGGGCUCCCGGUUCCUUUUAUAGCAGGCUUUUUCCUGAUAAAAGUAUGCAUUUUGUCCAUUCCUCUUAUAGCCUUCAAUUUCUAUCUAAGGUUCCCAAUGGUGUAGAGAACAAUAAAGGAAACAUUUAUUUGUCUAGCACAAGUCCCUCAAAUGUCAUUAAGGCUUACUACGAGCAAUAUAAAAUAGAUUUCUCUCAUUUUCUCAAGUGUCGUGCCCAAGAAUUAGUGGAAGGGGGGCGUCUAUUUGUAACUUUAAUCGGAAGACAAAGCGAGGAACCAUGGAGCAAGGAUUGUUGUUACAUUUGGGAACUUAUGGCUACUGAUCUUAAUGAUAUGGUCUCGAAGGGAAUUAUAAAAGAAGAAAAAUUCAACAGUUUCAACGUUCCUGUCUAUUAUCCAUAUCCAUCAGAAGUGAAGUCUGAAAUUCUCAACGAAGGAUCAUUUGACAUGGAUCAAUUGGAUGUUUCUCAAGUAAAUUUUUAUGAACUUGAUAAUGGAUUCGAUACUGCACAAUGCACAAGGGCUAUAGCUGAACCUUUACUAGUUAGUCAUUUUGGUGAAAGUGUCACUAAAGAGCUUUUUAACCGCUUUCAAAAAAAUGUAAGUGAUCAUAUGCCCAAAGAGCAGGCUAAGAUCACCAAUAUUACCAUGGUAUUGACUAGAAAGCCAUAA